UGCAGUAUUACUGGGUAAACUCCGUCUCUGUCCACACCGCAACACAUAGUUCUAUGCUACUGGAGAGUAGAUACAAGUUUAGUUUGGCUGCUGCUCGCCAUCGUGGCCCUAGAAGCAACAUUACAUAUCUGUUAGCAUUUUACUCUCUUUUCCAGGGCAUGGAUCCUCUCGCCCCAGCACAUGGCCAGUCGGCUGCUACGACGACCAAAAGGAAGCGCGUGGGAAGGGCAUGUACAGCAUGCCGCCGCAAACGACUCCGCUGUAGUACCACGACACAGUUUCCAUGCAAUAACUGCCAAUUGUAUGGGACCGAGUGCGUCUACUCGACCACCGACGGCAGGUCGAGGAAUGCAAACGGAGCAGCUGCCCAUCCAAGCCAGCCCUCCUCUGCUCCCUCUCAGCCUCCGGUGCUGCUCUCGCCCCCAAGAUCCGUGCUCGCGCUAUCAGCCUCUUUGCCCUCAGCAGAGCCUCAUGCCGAUUUAGCUGUGGAUAUUUCAGACAAUGUGAGUCCUGUAAACAUCAAUACUGGAGUUGUGUACAGUUCAGAAAGCGCCGCCGAGAAUGCCGUAGAUAAUGAUCUUAUGCAAUUUUGGAAUCCGUCUCUGGAUCUAUCGGGCAACAUUUUCUUCGAGGGAUUAUCACCCCUACCUUUUACCGCGCCAGAUUAUACUGUGCCUCCUUUGAUGCCGCCUGGUGUGAGUCCGGCACAGUCAGGUACUUCACCUGCAUCGCUACGUGGGAGUCGUGAGGCGGGUGGUAAGGUGUGGGGUGUUGAUUCGCUAGCUCGGAGAGAUCCCCAAGAAACGCCUACUGCAAAGAUCCUCCCAGGUCUCUUCAUCCGCAAAGAUACAUUGGACAGCAACUUUAUUGGUCUCAAUUCGAUAGGAGCAACUAUCGCAUUUUGCAUCCGUGAAGCUCUGCAGAGUAGCCGCGGUCUCCUGGGCGCUGCUGGGCUGGAUUUCUUGAUACAAUCAAGUAUACAUAUUGACGAGUCGGGCUACUCUCGCAGCAGCAAUGGACAGGUACCAAGUAUUCCUGACAAGGAAUCUACUCAGCCAGCUAUUGAUUCAUAUUUUGAGAACGUGCACCCCAUCUAUCCUAUCGUUGACGAAGCCGCUUUUCGAGCAUUCUGGGAUCAGCUGCACCAGUCAUGUGACCAGGAAUUCGAUUACAUCCAGCACUCGCGGUUGUAUUUGAUACUUGCCAUCGGUGAGAUCAGCAGAAAUGUUUCAGACCGAGAUGCGCAGGAAGCAGAACAAAUCUCACGCAAUCAUUACCAGCAAUGUUGGUUUUGGUUGCAAGAAUGCAUUGCUACUCCCACUGUCAAUACCGUGCAGAUUCUACUUCUCCAUACCAUCUUCUAUAUGCAUUGCAGCAAAGGUGGCUACGCAUGGGUGCUUUGUGGCCUCGCAAUUCGUAUUGCGCAGUCCAUUGGACUGCAUCGUCGAAGUCCCGAGGACUUCGAUCUGAGUAAAAUCGAUGUACAUUUGCGAUCUCAGCUCUGGUGGGUGGCAUAUAGAUUGGACGGAUUCUUAAGUAUGAAUCAAGGUAGGCCGCCAUGCGUGACUGGAUCAUGCUCCGACACCCAGCUGCUCCCGCUUGCUGCUGGAUCAGAACAAUCGCCAUCAAGCGACGAAAUCACCGCAUCACACUUCUACAUGUGGAGCUCAACUCUUGGACAGAUCCAGCAUCGAUUCUGUCGUGUCGUCAGCCAGGCCGGUUCGACGUGUGCGAUGCUCAGUGAACUGAGCGCCAUCGAUGCAUCACUAGUUUCCUGGUGCAGCGAGCUCCCUAUAGAGUGUCGACCGGGAGAAGAUAUCAUAAUACAUAACUCUAUCAAGCAUCUCGCGACAUCUCUUCAUCUGGAAUAUUUCAACAUGUUACGAGCAACGCACUGGGCAUCUUUCACAUGUGCCCAUGCCAGCAAGGAUCAGUCAGCUUCGCGGUCGAGCCCACGCAUCAUGGCCAGUGAGACUAUCUGUAUCUCAGCUGCACGGUCAUUUGUCAAAACAUUAAAUGAUACUAUGGCAGAUGACAGUCGCUGCGCCCGAAGGACACCACUUUGGUAAGUCAAGUCAGCUGGAAAGUAAUCUCGAACAAUUUCAACUGAAGGAUCGUGUAGCCUGCAGACGGAUUAUUUCCUAGCUGCGCUGUCAGUCCUCUACCGCAACGUCUUCAAAGCACCCAAGCAGAUCUCUGCCAAGGCAGACGUGGAGUACAUUCGCGCGGGAAUAUUACAUCUUGAGAGGUCGACGCAUUCUUUCAGCUUGUCACAGCUGACGCGGGGCCUUUUCCAGGCGAUGCUCACUUCAGCCGAAAGCCUGGUCGCGUGAAUUCAUUUUACAAGUGCUCGGGCGUUCAAAGCGAUGUAGAUACCUGACUGGCCAAACCUAAAUAUUCCGGAGAGAGAAGUGUAAAUAGUCGUGUAAAUAGGGUAGGUGCUAAUCGGUUUUCAUGGUGGCCCUGCCACAAUAUUAUAUUGCCUACCUAGGUACUGUAGGUAGGGUCUUGGCCCUUUUUCCUGUUGGUAGGACAGUGUUUACGCAAGAUGUGGCUGAGAUUUGCCAUCGUAGCC